AUGACCAACUCGUUUAUGAUACGAGUUCCAGCUACAUCGGCCAAUAUUGGUCCCGGCUUCGAUGUCGUCGGCUUGUCGCUUUCACUCUAUCUCACCCUAACUGUCACCAUUGGGGAGCCCUCUGCCUCACCGGUGAUCACAUAUUCGGGUGAAGGAGCCGACGAAGUCCCGCUAGACCCAUACCGCAACCUCAUGACUCGUGUAGCGCUCUACGUGCUACGCUGCAAUGGCCACAGAUCGUUUCCUCCAGACCUGGUUAGUAUUCACUGUGACAACCAAAUACCCUUUGGACGCGGACUCGGCUCGUCCGGCGCAGCGGUCAUUGCAGGCGUUCUCCUCGGAGACAAUCUCGGGAAACUCAAUCUCUCCCGAGAGCGAAUAUUAGACUACGCGCUCAUGGUCGAGCGCCACCCCGACAAUGUGACAGCCGCGCUUGUUGGUGGAUUUGUGGGAUCAUACCUUAGAGAACUAGACCCACAAGCAACUGAAGCAGCACAAGUACCCCUCGCUGAAGUCCUCCCAGAAUACCCGCCUGAUGCUGGAGAAGACUGGGGUCUUUCUCCGCCUGUUCCACCGUUAGGUAUCGGACAUUACGUGCAAUUCAAGUGGAACAGCAGCAUCAAAGCUCUUGCCAUUAUACCCCGAUUUGAACUCAGUACUGCAAAGGCACGAGCUGUGCUCCCAGAUAGCUACUCGAAGAAAGAUCUGGUUUUUAAUAUGCAGCGGCUAGCUGUCCUCACCACAGCUCUCGGUCAGACGCCACCAGACCCAGAAUUAAUUUUCGAGGCUAUGAAGGAUCGCGUGCAUCAGCCGUAUCGAAAGACUCUCAUACCCGGCUUGCCAGCGGUUACUUCAUUAAUCACGCCAACUUCACAUCCUGGUCUGCUUGGAAUAUGCCUAUCUGGUGCCGGCCCGACCAUUCUUGCGCUUGCAACUCACAAUUUUGAGAGCAUCGCUGAGAAAAUACGGGAAAUAUUCCGACUGGAGCAGAUUGAGGUAGAUUGGAAAAUACUAGAGGUGGCGGGAGGGAGCACCGUGAACUGUUAG